CGGCGGCGGAGCGGGCGGCUGCAGGAUCGGCAGCGCCGGCGGCACCGGUGCCCCCCGCGUCCCCGAGGCUGCCCACGGUGCCAGCCCCACCCGCGUCGAGCCGGGCGGGACCUCGGCGAUCCCUCGGCUGGGGGACUGAUCCGGACUCGCCCGCGGAGUUUGCCGGCGGGAGCGGGGCCGCGCGCGGGGCGCACGCCCGCCGUCCCCGGGCGUCGGUGGAUGUCGGCCCCUCGGGCGUGAGAGAACUUCGCGGCGGGCCGGAGAGCCCCGGGCGGCGAGGGAACCCAGCAGGCGAGGAGGAGGACCCGGAGGCCGGGGCUCGCACGGGUCCGGAGCGGCGGUGCUCGGGGGCGCGGCGUCCCGAUGCGCCCCGGGGAGGAGCAGCCUUGGGCGCCCGGACUCGCCCGCGCGGAGUAGCCGGUGCCACCGGAGAGCUUAGUCACCCGGGCGUCCUGCGCACUUCGCAUUCUUCGGUCCCUGGCCGGGGUGAGGCUUCGGACCGUGGGGCGCGGAGCCUGUGCUCCGACCCCAGCCCUACUUCGCGGCCUCGCCGGAGCCAGUGAGCGCCCAGCCGAAGACUCAGUGCAGACCCGCGGGAGUUGGCCCGGAACGCCACCGGGCUUGUUGCUGUGGAGCUCCCGGAGCCGUCGCGCCACCUGCGGGGAAAGCCGGAGAGGAGCGGCCCGGGAACCGAGCGGUGCGAGCCGCCCGGAUCUGUCGGAUUCCGAGGGGAGCGCACCCAGACCGCCGCGCCCCACCUUCCCGCCGGCAGCCGAGGCACACACGUUUGGGAGCGCGCCUGCGUCGCCGCGCACGUUCUCGGGCCACCCGGGCUGCGAUGUGGCCCUGAGGGCCGAAGCCCGCCUCGGCCAGAGCAGGAGCAGCCCCGGCGCCGACCCGGCCGGUGCGCCCCGCCGCGCGCGCCCCCAGCGCUCCCCGCGUCUGCUUUCUUGGCUUAAUUAACCUCGGCGGGAUUAAAGUUGGAAAUUGCGCGGAGAAUUGAGCUGUCCGGGAACAGAGCUUCGGCCACCGCCAGAGCAAUGUUCCCGCAGAGCCGGCACCCGACGCCGCACCAGGCUGCAGGCCAGCCCUUCAAGUUCACAAUCCCGGAGUCCUUGGACCGGAUUAAAGAGGAAUUUCAGUUCCUGCAAGCGCAGUAUCACAGCCUUAAACUGGAAUGUGAGAAACUGGCAAGUGAAAAGACAGAAAUGCAGAGGCACUAUGUGAUGUAUUAUGAAAUGUCAUAUGGAUUAAACAUUGAAAUGCAUAAACAGACUGAAAUCGCCAAGAGAUUGAAUACAAUUUGUGCACAAGUCAUCCCAUUUCUGUCUCAGGAACAUCAGCAACAGGUGGCCCAGGCUGUGGAACGUGCCAAACAGGUGACCAUGGCAGAGUUGAAUGCCAUCAUCGGGGUACGUGGCCUACCAGGUCUACCUCCUACACAGCAGCAGUUGCAAGCUCAGCAUCUCUCGCACGGCCACGGACCCCCAGUGCCCCUGACGCCUCACCCUUCGGGACUCCAGCCUCCUGGCAUCCCGCCCCUGGGAGGCAGUGCCAGCCUUCUCGCGCUGUCUAGUGCUCUGAGUGGGCAGUCUCACUUGACAAUGAAAGAUGACAAGAAGCACCAUGAUGCAGAGCACCACAGAGACAGAGAGCCGGGCACAAGUAAUUCCCUCUUGGUCCCAGAUAGUCUAAGAGGUACCGAUAAACGAAGAAAUGGACCUGAAUUUUCCAAUGAUAUAAAAAAAAGGAAGGUGGAUGAUAAGGAUUCCAGCCACUAUGACAGUGAUGGUGACAAAAGUGAUGACAACUUAGUUGUGGAUGUUUCUAAUGAGGAUCCUGCUUCCCCUCGUGCAAGUCCUGCCCAUUCACCCCGGGAAAAUGGAGUUGACAAAAACCGCUUGCUGAAGAAAGAUGCUUCUAGCAGCCCAGCAUCCACAGCCUCCUCGGGAAGUUCCACCUCUUUGAAGUCCAAAGAAAUGAGCUUGCAUGAAAAAGCCAGCACGCCUGUUCUAAAAUCCAGCACACCGACGCCUCGGAGUGACAUGCCAACACCGGGCACCAGCGCCACUCCAGGACUCCGUCCAGGCCUCGGCAAGCCUCCAGCCAUGGAGCCCCUCGUCAACCAAGCGGCAGCCGGCUUGCGGACACCCCUGGCAGUGCCCGGCCCGUACCCUGCGCCCUUCGGGAUGGUGCCCCACGCCGGCAUGAACGGCGAGCUGACCAGCCCCAGUGCCGCCUAUGCCAGCUUACACAACAUGUCUCCCCAGAUGAGUGCUGCCGCUGCUGCGGCUGCCGUGGUGGCCUACGGACGCUCCCCCAUGGUUGGGUUCGAUCCUCCCCCCCACAUGAGAGUACCUACCAUCCCGCCCAACCUGGCUGGAAUCCCUGGGGGGAAACCUGCCUACUCCUUCCACGUUAGCGCAGACGGUCAGAUGCAGCCGGUCCCCUUCCCCCCCGAUGCCCUCAUCGGACCCGGAAUCCCCCGACACGCUCGCCAGAUCAACACGCUCAACCACGGGGAGGUGGUGUGCGCGGUCACCAUCAGCAACCCCACGAGACACGUGUACACAGGCGGCAAGGGCUGCGUCAAGGUGUGGGACAUCAGCCACCCUGGCAAUAAGAGUCCUGUCUCUCAGCUGGACUGUCUGAACAGAGAUAAUUACAUCCGCUCUUGUAAAUUGCUACCUGAUGGCUGCACUCUCAUAGUGGGAGGGGAAGCCAGUACUUUGUCCAUUUGGGAUCUGGCGGCUCCAACCCCACGCAUCAAAGCAGAGCUGACAUCCUCGGCACCCGCCUGCUACGCCCUGGCCAUCAGCCCUGACUCCAAGGUCUGCUUCUCAUGCUGCAGCGACGGCAACAUCGCCGUGUGGGACCUGCACAACCAGACGCUGGUGAGGCAGUUCCAGGGCCACACAGACGGAGCCAGCUGUAUUGACAUUUCUAACGACGGCACCAAGCUCUGGACGGGCGGCUUGGACAACACCGUCAGGUCCUGGGACCUGCGUGAGGGGCGGCAGCUGCAGCAGCACGACUUCACCUCACAGAUCUUCUCGCUGGGCUACUGCCCGACUGGGGAGUGGCUGGCUGUGGGCAUGGAGAGCAGCAACGUGGAGGUUCUGCAUGUGAACAAGCCUGACAAGUACCAGCUGCAUCUCCACGAGAGCUGUGUGCUGUCCCUAAAAUUUGCUUAUUGUGGUAAGUGGUUUGUGAGUACUGGAAAAGACAACCUCCUCAAUGCUUGGCGGACCCCCUACGGAGCCAGUAUCUUCCAGUCCAAAGAGUCCUCCUCUGUGCUGAGCUGUGACAUCUCUGUGGAUGACAAGUACAUUGUCACUGGCUCGGGUGACAAGAAGGCCACAGUCUAUGAAGUCAUCUACUGAAAACAUAACAGGGUUUAACAUUUAUAGUUGAAUUGGGCCAAAUGUUUUGAAUUUGUAGAAAUAGAGAAGUUGUAACUUUAAAUGAAAAAAAAAAUACAUACAAAACAAAAUACCUGUUUCCAAACCUGAACACAAUACUACCCCAUGUCUACAAAGAGGAGGCAAUGAGUCUGCCAACAGAAAGUCACCUGUCUGCCUACCUAGACCAGAAGUAGCUGAGACCGCAUGGACCAGGGGCCAAGGGCAUGGGACUGAGGAGUGGACCUGCUCACUCGAGCCAUGCCUGCCCUUCCCUCCGGCCUGUUGCUCGCGCCUUGAUGGUGUGAGGCUCUCUGUUCUGUCCAGUUCACCUCAAAUUCCAUCCUUGUAGAGCAGUGGUAUCUCUGAUGAACCUGUUUCCUGAUUCUGCAUCUUGUGAAAUGUUUUUUUGUAUUUUUGUUGAAGGUUAAACAUUUGUAUAAAUUGUAAAUAUAUUUGGUUUAUUACAGUAAAGGGUUUAGUACCAAUAAGUAGUUCUCUUUUGUUCUCCUUUUCCUUUACUGUUUAUAUCACAGCUUUGGGAUCAUCGAUGAAGGUUGUAUAAGCAAAGUCUGUGCAUGUGUUCAGAGAGUUUUAAAAAGCACUUGUUAUUUUAUAAAUAAAUUUGGCUGUGGACUUAUGCUA